AUGCCAAUAGUUACCUUUUUAAAAUUAAUAUUAAUAGCAGUUAACAACAUCAACAACAACCAAUAUAAUAAUGAAGAAUGUGUUAAUGAUGGUAGCAAUAUUGCAUGGGGUAAAAUUGUUCCAUUCUUAGUUUUAUUUUUUGUUAAUAGUAACAAUUUUGUAGUAUCUCAAGCACCAAGAUGUAUAACCACAGAAAAUGUGUAUCAAGGCGAUGCAAGAAAUAAAUAUAAUGGUAUGAUCCCCACCAAGGAUGUGGAUUGGUGGUUUUUACAACAACUUUCAGGUGAAGAUGGCGGUGCAAUUUACACAGACAGUUAUUUAUCCGGUGUAAAAAUUAUAUCCGAAAUCAACAACUAUUAUACCAAAAAUAAUAAUAAUAUUCCAAAUCCAGUUACUAAAACAUAUGAACAAAUAUUAGGUAAUAAUAAUUACAAUAGUAUUGUAUAUAAUAAUGAACCAAGACCAACUGUAAAAAAAGUUAAUGGUGUAGUUUAUAACGAUCCUACAACUAGUGAUGAUCCAGGUAAAGGUGCACAUGCCAAGGGUUUUUUUAUUUGGAACAAUCUAGGAGGUAUUCAUGUUAUUCAUAGUUAUCCUAAGUCACCUGUAAGAGAUGGUGCUGGUGAAUUCUUUGAUAAAGGAAACGAGCAAAAUUUGGGUCAGCAUUCAGUUUGUAUCAACUUAUCAUCAGAUGAAUUGGAUAUUAUUCCAAAGCUUUUAAUUUAUGGUGAUUUUAUUAUUAAUGCAAUUAAUGGUAAAAACCUUAGAGAUAUAACGAACAAGCUAUCAAGUCUGACAGAGUUUAAUGAAAUUAGAGCUAGAGUUGGCCCAUUAAUCGGUACCGACAAUUUUUCAAAUAGUGAAAUCGCUUCAUUUGGAACCAUAAAGAAAACAUUUGAUCAAUUUGAUCUAAGAAUUUUCAAAACGCUUAUCUUUGAUCCAAUUACAAAUCAUUGGUCAAAAAAUUCAAUCCAAUUAUUAAAAUGGUCCACAGUUGCAAAGUUAAUCAGUAACAAAGAUUUUUCUUCAUUUGAUUUCACAGCAGUGGGUGAUAGAGACUGUAUACAUUACAAUAAGGUAAUGGAUCAAUCCAAUGGUGAUGGUCAAUACUUUGUUCAAACCUCAAACAAUUACAUUCAUGAAAAAAAGGCACAAUACCCAUUAUCAAAAAGAGGAUUUAAUAUGAUAUGGGAUUAUAUAGCAGAUUACUAUUACAACAACCAUCAAAAAACAGGUAAAUGGCUUAUUAAUACAAUGCAGAAGGGUGGUGAAAAAAAUAAAAAUCAAAUGGCAAAACCAUCAGAUAAAAUGAAUCUUGUCAGUAGAACUGACGCACCAUGGUCUGUUAGUGAAUAUACAACCGAUGGUGCUCAACAUUCAAAGAUAUCAUAUUUAGUCGAUAGUACUGGGAAUCUAUUUUGUAUUGGUGAUCUAAAUUGGCAAGGUAAACAAGAAUCAAGAGGUGGUUGUGCAUUUUGUUCAAAAAAAUUAGAUUAUCUAGCUGAAUACUAUGAAAGACGUGUCACUGUUAUUGCAGACCCUCCAGUAACCCCAGCAUAUCAAACAUUUGGACCAGAAGUUAUACCAUUUGGUACAGCAGGUUUUAAAAUUGAUUUCACAGGAAUUUAUAGUAGUUUAGAAAACAAUGGAUUUUAUCCAGUAGCAGAAAGACCAGUAAUGGAGAUUAAAAAAUUAAAUCAACAAAAUAAUCAAUAUGAAUCUUUCAAUCCCAAAGUAAUAAUAGAUACCGAAACUACAAAACCAUCUGUAGAUUAUGGCACAGAUGGCUCUUUAACAUAUAAUAAUAAUAUUAAAAUUAAAAAUUUCAAUAGUUUAUUAAAAGGAAUCUAUAUCCCAAUGAAAUUAAAAAACAUACAAACAGCAACUCGAACCUUCGAAAUUGAUCAAAAAAUCGGUCUAUUUUUAUCUCCAAUCCUCAAAGAUGAAAUUAUUUUUUGUGAUUUUGAUGACCCUCAUUGCGAUUAUAAUCACAAUAACCAUUUAUUAAUAAAAGAUUUAGCUUUUAGAUUCCAAAUGGAAGAUUAUGCAGGUAUAACUCAAAGAAAUCAAGAAGCCAUUGGCCAAACUAGAAAUCGUAAAAUAAAUGUAAUUUUCAGACCCACCAUUUCUAAUUCAGCACCACUCAGCAUUAUCGAUGAAACAAUUGCACUAGUCAAAUUAGAAAAGGACAUUAAAACAAUAUACCAAUAUUUUGGAAUUGUAAGACAAACACCAAUUAGAUUUAUUAAUGUUGAUGUAACUGAUAAAGAUAUCCAACGUAUUUUAAUUGAAGAUCGCUUAUCGUGUGGAAAUGGUGAUAUUAUAUACUAUAAUGAAAAUUGCUACGAUUUUUUGGUGUACUGCCUCUCUGAAAAUUUUGCUGUAACCAACAACGGUAUAUAUAAUCAUAGAGUAGAUGGUUUUUCUGCUCCAACUGAUGCCAUAAUGGGUGCUAUCGUAUGGCCCAAUGGAACUCCAAGUACAUGUUUUAUUCCAGAUGAACCAGAUAUGAUUACAGUAUAUUUAAAAGAAUAUGCAAAUAAACUAGGCAUUGUAUUUCAGGGGAAUAAAAGAGAUAUUUAUGAUAAAAUAAAAGAAUUCAUAGAGUUGCAGCAAAGAUUAUCAAAUGAAAAUCAAGAAAAAGAAUCGAUCAAUUCAUUCAAUAAAGAAAGAGCACAAUUAACAAUUAAAGAUAUCGAACCACAUGAAUAUUUAUUCUGGGAAAUAUUUAGAAACAAAACAAUUUACAAGGAAAUAUUUUCAAAUUUUAAACCUGAUCAAAUAUCAAGAGGUUAUGAAUCUAUUUGUAGGAGAAUCAUCGAGGAAACACCAGAGAAUACAGCAUUCUAUGAACAUAUUAGUUUAGCCCAAAGCGCAAGUUGUAGUAGUAUAAACAGUUGUAAUAGUAAUGAGAGCAAUGGGAGUAGCUGUAGUAGCGGUUGCAACAAUAAAAACAGUAAUGGAUUUUUAAUUAAUAAUGGUAAUAUAACACUUCCACCACCGUCAUCAUAUAGAAAUUUAAUUAAAGAGGAAUUAAAAAUCAUUAAAAUUUUAAUAAAAAUAACUCCAAUUUUUAAUAAUAUAACUACAUUAGAUAAAAAUAAUAAUGAUUGGUAUAUAAGUUUCAAUUCUUUGGUUAGGAAUUCAAAUAGAAGACCUUAUUAG